GGUGAUUUCCUUUGAAUGGCUUUUUAUUAGUUCCCAACAGCUGAUUGCAAGCCGCAUUUAAUUUCUUAGUUCUUAUUAUUAAUUAUUGAAUUAAUCUUUCAAGAUGCGUUUAACGCAGUAUUUGGCCAGCAAGUUGAAGAACUUUUCCAAUCUGCCCAAGGAAUACAUCGAGCGCAGCAAAAAGCAGGUGUACUGGCAAACUCCAAAGGAGAUUAAUUACCUGCCACGUACAGUUGAGCGAAAGAAGUUUCGGUACACGACAAAUCGCCCGUGGACGGGACAGUUCCGCCAGCAAAAUAUGCCCGGAACAGUACGUCGCAAGGUGCUAGUGGAACCAAUUGAGGACUGGAGCUAUUUCCGUGGGGAUCGUAUUGAAGUCCUGGUGGGUAAGGACAAGGGAAAACAAGGAAUCGUCACCCAGGUAAUACCCGAGCGCAAUUGGGUAAUUGUAGAAGGCCUCAACUGGCACUAUCGCAAGGUUGGCGGCGAGAAGGAGUUUCCCGGCAUCAUUAUCAAGUCCGAGGCACCACUGCACGUCACCAAGGAUAUUCGUCUGGUGGACCCAGCGGAUCUUCAGGGCACUGACUUUGAGUGGCGUUUCACGGAGGAAGGCGAGAAAGUGCGGGUGUCCUUGCGAUCAGGCCGAAUCAUACCCGUCCCAGAGACAAACAAUCAGACACACGAUUACAAAACACCAAACGCCUAUAUCGAAAGAGAGAAAGAUACGCCAGGCGCUGUUGUGGGUGAGAUCACCUUUCAGCCCAAGUUGUCUACAUUCGAGAUGGACAUUAUGGAGGAAAUGGGCAUCAAGGAGGAACGCACGCCUGUAAAGAGCUAUUGGUACUAAUGUUAUGCCUACUGUUUAUUAAAGUAAUGUACAAAAUACCCAUAUAA